AUGGCCUCGCAAGCCGUUUCAGAGAAAGGACGUCGACUGGCAAAACAAAAGUAUCCCUCAUAUCACAGAGAUCGCUUACCUACUCUCAAAGAAGUUCUUCAGCGUAAAACAGCACCGCCAGUAUGUUUAUACAACUUCUACAUUUACAUGAGAGACAGAGAGCACGAGUCCGAGUAUCUAGACUUUUGGCUAGACGUAGCAGAACUCGAACUACUUUGCAAACAAUAUUUAAAGGAACUUAAAAAGUUGGGAUUAGACUCUUCAGUAGAAUUUCCAGAAUAUGCAAAAUAUAAAGAUUCUGAUAAAGAGAAAAGAUACAGCACUCAAUCCAGUUUACAUCGACACCUCUCAGCGAGCUCAAGUAGUACUGGCUUUACCGACACAGACUCGCGGUCCGGCUCUCCCAUGCCGAUUCCGACAACAACCGGAACCGGGACCGGAACAGAAACAGCUCAACAUGAAUUGGCUCAACGUAUUUACUUUCUUUACCUCGUUCCCAACGGCGAGCGGGAAUUGAAUCUGUCACCCGGAGUCCUCAACGAAAUACGCAUAGCCGUCGAGGAAAAGCAUAAGGAUGACCCGGCAAUAUUCAAAGAGGCGAAAAAGGAAGUGUAUCGAUUUAUGAAGCGAGAGAUUUAUCCAAACUUUUUGAAAGCGAGAGCGUAUGGGAAUAUGACCGUUACACAGACAAUGAUUAGGUUGGGUUUGGGUUUGUUUUCCUUGUUUGUUGGAUUCACUGUCGAGUUGAGUCUGAUACUUUUGGAUGAGAAGCCGAGGUCAAAGAGGCUUUGGGGCUUUAUUCCUAUUUUUAUUGGUAUUCUAAACCUGUUUGCAUUUCAAAUGGAAUUAUGUCCGCUUCUCGUACUUUUCCAUAUCAGCGAACGGUCUUUUAUGCAAUACGAAAUGGUCCGAGAAAAAUACAUAUAUCGUAGCAUUCACGUUCCAAAAGCCUUUUGGAUACUGCUCAUGUCGUUGGCAGCUUCCAUAAUCGUUGCUGGAAUUCUCCUUGCUAUCCCUGGACAUAGACUGUGA